AUGUCGCUCAUUUUUAACAAUUCUCCAGGCGUGUCAUCAGCAGUGGUAGACUUUACCAGCGUGACAGCUACCAGCGUGACAGCUACUGGCUCGCUGAAGAGAACUCAAUACGUAUUCAUUGCAAGUUAUUUGGUGACUGGUGAUGAGACCACAGCAGACAACAAUGAAGAACUUGGUUUAACACGAUUCAUACGGACGGGUAAAGAUACCGACAUGACUGGGUGGACGGAUUCUUCUGGUUCUUUCCCAUCGACAUUGCCAGACAAUGUAAAGAGGAAUAUGUAUAAAGUUAUCAGUAACGCAACAGGAAGCGUCGGUGUGUUCGAAUGGACGUAUGGCUCCAACACAGUGAAAACGAUACGGAUGAGAUCCACAGCAUCCCUGCUACCAAACUUCGUUAGCCGUACUGUGAACCGUGUGGAUCCCGUUAGUCUCGUCGUUACCAAAAACCCAACGUUUGACAACAACAACCUGAGGAGCAAAUGGAGGAAAAAUGGCGUGGUCCUUAUUAAACAAAACAAACUGAAAUUUUACAUAAGAAGCGCCAGUACCACCGACAGUGGUAUUUACGAGUGUCAUUAUCAACAUGAACGCGACAAAGGAAAUCAGGCGCUACUGAGGUUAAUUGUGAGGGGAUGCCCACAAAAUAACUAUGGCCCAUCGGACUGUAGCAGCGAGUGUCCGAGAUGUCUUAAUGGUGGCGUUUGUGAUGACGUUGGUGGUGACUGCAUUUGUCCACCUGGGUUUAGUGGUGAGCUCUGUGAAACAAAUUGUGAGAAUGGAACAUACGGUGCCAACUGUGCCCAGAACUGUCACUGUGCCGACGGUGCGUCAUGCGACGGUACAACGGGUGAAUGUGAUGGAGACUGUGCAGCAGGAUACAAAGGAGAUAACUGUCAAGUACAAUGUACCUCUGGUGAAUUCGGUUUGAACUGUGCCCAGACUUGUCACUGUGCGGACGCGUCAUGUGAUGGCACAACGGGUCGGUGUGACGGAGACUGUGCAUCGGGAUACACAGGAGACAACUGCCAAGUGUGUAUCGAUGGCAAAUUCGGCGUCAACUGUGCCCAGAACUGUCACUGUGCCGACGGCGCGUCAUGCGACGGUACAACGGGUGAAUGUGAUGGAGACUGUGCAGCAGGAUACACAGGAGAUAACUGUCAAGAUUGUAUCGAUGGCAAAUUCGGUGCUGAGUGUGCCCAGACUUGCCACUGUGCCGACAGUGUGUCAUGUGAUGGAACAACAGGUCAAUGUAGUGGAAGCUGUGCCGCAGGAUACACUGGGAACAUUUGUCAAGAGCAAUGUCUUCCCCAUGGAGAUAUUAUGCUAUCGUGCAGUACGACUUGUACAGUAUUAGAUCCCAACAUGAUACCCCGACGUCUCAGUGUGUCUUCUUAUUCUGCUGACGAUUCAUUCACUCACACAUUAUCAUGGGAACCGGUAAUCUGCCCAGCAAAAGGCUUCAGUAUUGUGAACUACGUAUAUAAGGUCCUUGAUGGACGUGGGAGUGAAGUUGAACCUGUUGAAAUCGAGGGUACUUCUGUAAACCUUCACUUGACACAUUGCACAAGAUAUCAACUCGAAGUUGCUGCACGAACGAGUAAAGGCAUCGAGAUUUACAGUGAAGAAACCUACACGACUAAAUCAACGGUUCCCAAUCCUGUAGCAAGCGUAACCGUGUCUCCAACAAGCCAUAAUCAACUGACAGUAUCAUGGGAUACUCCUCUCACCGACAAUCAGAGUCCUUGUCCUGCCACUGACUACCUGGUGACCUAUGACCUUCUAAACAUUGAGCAGUGUGAGGAGGUUAGUAGAGGUUUUGACACAUUGAACACGACGGCUACUACAAUCACCAUCGACAGACUUGAAGCCUUCUCAACAUACAGGGUGACUGUUACAUCGAGAAACCAAGCUGGGAGUAGUACCCCCGUCUCCAGAACUAUGACAACGACACAAUCAAGUAAGUAA